CAGGUAUCCGACCACUACGCCGCCCACUUUCGGCCGUUGGCACGGACGAGAAGUGAGUAUGGAUGUUUUCAGGUCGUUGGGGUAUAUAUAGAGCCACUUGGUCUACAUAGUGCACAUAAUCGUAAUUUCAUAGGUCUCAUCAACGGCAUCCGGGCCAUAUCAAUAUUACCUGUGAGAAAUAUUAUCCCCGACGUUAGCUAUCUAUCAAAGCUCAUCUGUACAUAAAAUGACGGUUGAGAUCCCUUCCCCAGAGUGCCGCUACUGGCUGCUUACGAUGCCUCGCACCGCUUCUAAUAUGUUGGUUCGUGUCCUGAACCUAGACGAGCAAGGAGUCCGACCUGCUCCUUUCAAUGGAGGAUAUUUUUUCUUCUCGAGCAUGGCUUCGCGAUUAAAAUUAUACAACAAGGCAUCGGAGUGGAACCUAAAAGACAUCGAAACGAGCCUCAAGCAGUCAUUCGACGUGCUUCAGGACUACCUCGAGGGUGCUGAAAAGGACGGCCAGAAAGUUUUCGUCAAAGAACAUAUCUCAUUCUUGAACGAUAUAAGUCUCGAGUAUGAGCACAUGUACGGCACAUUGCCUGGGGACAGCUUACCUAGGCCAAUGCCGGCGCGAGGGUUUGCUGAAUCGACUCGAUCUCCGCUUAAUCAAACAAGUCUGCCCGAUGAAUUCCUCAAGACUUGGUAUCCGACUUUUCUCAUCCGACACCCGGCCUUGAUGUUGUCGUCGCUGUACCGUACUGCUCAGGCAGAUAUAGAAGUGUACGGCAGCAAACGUGCCAACAAGGAACCAUUUGAGUUUGAGGCCACUAUGAAGUUUGUCAAAUCUCUCUUCGACUUUUACUCCAACUAUUUCGGAAAUGAUAGCAAGUGGCCAAUCGUUCUCGAUGCUGACGAUGUCAUCAUGUACCCUGAACUUGUAAUGAAGUAUGCUGGCCUUGUCGGACUUUCCCCCGAGAAGCUUCGAUUCUCAUGGGAAAAAACAAGCAAAGAGGAUGUAGAGAAGAUGCACAGCGCUGCUAAGAUUAUGCUUAGCACAAUUAACUCCAGUACUGGGGUCGACAAGGGAAAGGUAGCUGGAAAUAUCGAUAUUGAUGUCGAGGCUGAAAAGUGGAGGGCCGAGUUUGGUGAAGAAGGGGGGAAUAAACUUGAAAAAUGGGUCAGAGACGCGAUGCCUGACUACGAAUAUCUCCGAUCACGAAGGCUGACGGUAUAGGUAAUUUGACAUGUACUGAAUAGUCCCUCUUUCAAUCAACUAUCUAUAGAGAAUAUGUAGCAACAAACAACAGAAACACAUAAAACAAAA